CAUUCAUCUUCCAAUUGCCACCGACGAAGAAUUUGCGCGCCAUACUCUUUGUGCGUUUUGUGACAGCCGUUCGCGCGAUGUGCAACCUGUAACAAGAUUCUCGAGCUCGUUCGCCCUUCCGACCUUCACGUGCUCGCCAAGAGAAUACUGCAUCUUGAGCCAAAUGUGCGAGAAUAUGUUAAAUGUAUAAUCACGAUAAUCAAGGAGGACUCUCUUAAGAAAUUUGACAGGAAAUUAAUGCAGUAAUCACCGGUUAAGAUAACAGAGAAAAAUGGCGAGUGAGGAGAUAAUUGAGGCUAACAAGAAGCCACAGCCUGUGUUCAAGAACCGCUCGUUUCAGCAGAAAUUUCGGCCCACUGGUAACACCGGUAAAAAACGCACGUGGCGUUCGUUAAAACAGGUUUUGGCUCAGGAACGUUCAUUACCGUGGCCAAGCACGGUAAAACACUACAGUUCCAUCAAUGCACCUCCGAGCUUCAAACCUGCCAAGAAGUACUCCGACAUUUCUGGAUUGCCAGCACGAUACACGGAUCCACAGACUAAAUUGUACUACGCAACCGCCGAAGAAUUCGCGACAGUACGAAGUUUACCGAUGGACAUAACAGCUGGAUAUCUGGCUUUACGCGGUGCAUCCAGCAUUGUUGGUUAAAUAAACGCAAUAUUUUACGUAACGGAUGAUUCAUAUUUUUCGGCACGAGAACGCGAUUUCUAGAUUUGCGUGCUUUAUAUACAUUGAAAGUUUAAAGUUACGUUCACAGAGACAAAGGAAAUAUACUUCAACGGGAGGAUAGAAAGAAAAAGAGACAGAUAUAGAACAAUUCAAGAAAAUAAAGUAUCAAGACGAAGUAAAGUAUCGAUAUUUUUAUCUCACCAUAUAACGUUUAUAAUAACACUUGCCAUGCCUAUCGAGUAAUGCUUUGUAGGAUCUUACAAAAUGAACAAUUUCACGGAUGAUUUCUGUUACUCCCAUUGUUUUAUCUCUCCUUAGUAAUUUAUACGAUACAUUAUUAAAAAAGCUUGUCCAUUAUAACUUAGUAUAUGAACUACAGGCUAACAGGGAGGAGAGGUGUGAAGGAUCCCCAAGACGUGUAUAACUCGGUUUAAGGGAUUGUCUACAACGCGGUCGCAGUCAUAUUUUAAAAUCGUAGUACUAAUCCGUAAAUAAAUCACGUAUCUAUUUCCUUCGUAUAAACUUAUGAAAAAUAAAGCUUUAUCGAAUUUUUCCAUAAAACUUUUUAUCUCUUACGAAUGAAACAGAUAAAUGAUCGAUAUACAGAUUGAUGCUACGACUUUAAAGCGUAACUACGACCGCGUUGUAGACAACUCUUUAGAGUAUGCACUGUGCUUUAUCUUUCUAUUUCGGUCUUUUCCCUUUAGCACAUUUUGCUCUCGUUCAGUUUGCUACUUGCAACACGACCAUUAGCGAAUUUGCAAAAUUACUUGCGAUAGAAGAAUACAAACAGCAAGGCCUACUGAAAUAUUGCCCGAAUCGUGCGCUAUCAUCAGGUUGCCAUUUGUCUUUAAUGUAAUUAAUUAUUUAAUUAAUCGAUACAAUUAUUCAUCGUCUUAAUCAUAUAAGUCCGGAAGAUCUUCGUCGUCACUGUCGGCCUCGGCGUCCCCUAAAUCGUCUAAGUCAUCGAAAUUCGGUUUCUUAUCGGCGGAAUCGCUCAAACCACCCAUUUGCCGCAUCAUCUAUGGAAUCAGAGAACAUGUUUUUUUUUAUUUGCAAACGACUAUAUUAUGUGGAACUUAAUUGUGCAGAAUUUACAUAAAAAUAAAUACCUCUUCUAAGUCA